AUGCCAAGCUCAGAGGGCCCGGAAGGUGGAGGCAAGCCCCUGGCUGCUGAGCCGGAGAAGGAAGGGCCGCUGCUGCCGCCGUUGCCGAGCUCAGCACCCCACACUCAGGGUGUCCCGAGUGGGGAGCCGCCGGCCUCCUGUGCUGUCCCUGGGGAGAAGCCGCCGUCGGAGGACCCCGGAGCAAUGAGCGGGGCUGAUGCUGCUGGGGGGUCCGAGGCUGUCCACAGGCAGAGGGCCCAGCCUCAGGGAGAAGGGUGCCCCCUCCCUAGCAGAGAGGCCAAGGCCGGGAAGAGGCCUCUCUCUCCAGGCUCCACCGGUGAUCCGGCCUCACGGUCGCCUCCCUCGGCCCAGACCACACACAACCCGGUGCCUUGUGGGUCAGGCCGGGGGUCCUGCCACCUGGCCAACCUCCUCAGCACAUUGGCCCAGAACAGCCAGAACACGGACCCGAAGAGGCCCCCAGAAGUGACCUGCCAGGCUCGGAAAAAGACUAGAACCCUGUACCGCUCAGACCAGCUGGAGGAGCUGGAAAGGCUAUUCCAAGCAGACCACUACCCGGACAGCGAUAAGCGCCGGGAGAUUGCCCAGGCGGUGGGGGUCACCCCCCAGCGCAUCAUGGUAAAAAGGGGGCCGGCCAGUGCUGGUGGAGGGGGCUGGGGACCGGCAGGACCCGCCUCAGCCUCUGCCCCGCUUCUCCAGCCCUUCAGGUGUCUCUCCCCACAGGUGUGGUUCCAGAAUCGCAGGGCCAAGUGGCGGAAAGUGGAGAAGCUGAACGGGAAGGAGAGCAAGGGCGGUGCGGCAGCCCCCGCCCCCGGCCCCCUCCCCGUCCCGGCCAGCGGUCAGUGCAGCGCCGGCACUGAGGUGCCUCCUGCUGCGCCCAUGGACCCGCAGCUGGGCACCUUCCCUCAGGAGCCCCCUCUGGACACUCUCCCAGAUGCCCCCAUGCUGCUGACGUCUGACCAGACUCUGGCCCCAGCCCCGCAGACUGGGGGUGCUCAGAGGGUGCCAGUCACCCCUCCCCUCUUCAGCCCCCCACCCGUUCAGAGAGCCAGCCUUCCCUUCCCCUUCGGCCCCAUGCACACCCCCCAGCUGACGCCCCUGCUGAUGGAUGCUCUUGGCAGUGACAGCAGCCACAAGGAUGGCUUCUGUGGGUCCUGGGGAAUGAGUGUCACACCACCCCCCACCUGCUCUUACCUGGAAGAGCUGGAGCCCCAGGACUACCCUCAGGGGCUGUCCCAGGUCCCUCAGGCGCCACAGACCCAGCUCUUCCAGACCCCGCCGACCCAGCUGCCGUACCUGCACCCGCUGGCCUUCCCCUCGCCCAGCUCGCUGACGCCGCCACUUCUGGAGGACCCUUUCUUCCCACUGCCCUACGGCCCCGGUGGGGGGGCCUCGCAGGGCUACUUCCCAGCGCCCCCAGGAGGGCAGGGCCUGCUGCAGCCGCCUGCCGGGAACCUGGGUACAGUCCCCUGGAAUGACCCUUGCCUGCCGGAACUGCCCUUCCCCGGACCCUUCUGGCCACAAACCCUGGGGCAGCCCCCAGGAGGGGACAGCUACUUUCCCGACCUGUUCCUGGCUCCCUGCGCUCAGGCUGGGACCCGACAGCCCUCUCCACCCAGCCGGCUGCCUGCAGGCGCCCCACCUGGGGCUGGGCCCUCCCUCAGCGGGGGCCCGGAGGAGCCUCCCCUGCCCCCCGCUGCCUCGGAGCAGGGCCGAGAGGAGGACAAGGACAGCCAGGGCCCCUAGUCCUGGGGCCACGCCAGAGGGAGGCUGCUCCAAGGGGGAGGGUUGGGGCGCCCCCAGGGGGACAGCGGGUGACACCUUAGGAAAGACUGGGCUGUGCCUGUGGUGGGAGUCGGCUGCCUCCCCUCUGUGGGCUGAGCGAGGGGCUGGCCCUCCCUCUUCUCCAGGCCUCGGUGGUGGGUGGUGCUGAAGGACGUGGGGGGCCUGGAUCACUUCUGAAGUCUGUGCCAUUUAUGUUGCUUGCU